GGAGCCGCGCCUCAGUUUCCCCAUCUGACCAAGGGGGCGGGGAGUUGCACACGUCAUGUGGCCGGAAGUCCCUCCCGCUCGCUGUGAUUGGCUGCGGCGCCGCAUGGCGGAACCGGGUCCCCAGCGCGGCUGGUUCGUUUUCGGGUUCCGGGGCUUCGCGGAGCCUCGUGGCGGCGGGGCCCGGCGGGUGGAGCCGGAGCCGGGCGGGAUCCGCCUGGUGCGGCCGGCGUGGAGCUACACGGGCCUGGUGACGGGGCGCGGGCGCCUGGCGCUGCGGGGGUGGCUGGCGGGGGCACUGCCCGGGCACUGCCAGGACCUGCUCCCCUCCGAGAGUCACGUGCUGCUGCUGCGCGGGGCAGCGCUGGAGGCCUGGGCGCGGGGCGCGGGGCUGUGCGGGGGGCCCGCCUGGCGGCGGCGGCUGCACCCAGGGGAGGCAGCCGGGCCCCUGCCCCUGGCCCCUGGCGGCUACGUGACCCCACGGCCGCCCUUCCUGUGCCCGCUGCCGCCGGCGCUGCGGGCCCGGAAGCUGGUGCUGGGCCACGAGCAUGCGGCGCUGCUGGGCCCCGCCGGGACCGUCUACACCUGGGGCUGCGGCAGACAUGGGCAGCUGGGGCACGGGGGGCUGGAGCCUGUGUCGGAGCCCCGGCUCGUGGAGGCCUUGCACGGCGUGCCCAUGGCGGACGUGGCAGCUGGAGGCUGGCAUUCUGUCAGUGUCAGCGAGGGAGGUGAUCUCUAUGUCUGGGGCUGGAACGAAUCCGGGCAGCUGGCAUUGCCUUCCAAAGCACUGGCAGAAAAAAGGCCACCAGCCACAGCCUCUGUCGCCCAGCCUGAGGAACCCGGCUGCGGUGCAGGCAAGGCAGAGCUGAAACUGGUCAGUCACGAGGCAGCCCUGGAUGCUGAAGCAGUUGACUUCAUUUCAAUCCAGGCCUUCCCUGCUUUGCUGGAUCUACCUGAGGGGUCAGAGGUCAGCAAGGUCAGCUGUGGCUCCCGCCACACUGCUGCUGUGACCCGGACUGGGGAGCUCUACACCUGGGGCUGGGGCAAAUACGGACAGCUGGGACACAACGAGACAGCCAGCUCUGACCAGCCAAGACAGGUUGGCUAUUUCCCUGCAAACGGGCUCACGGUGGAGGAUGUGGUCUGUGGCCCAUGGAACACUUACGUCUGUGCUGUGGAGAAGUGAGAAGAGCUGAAAGGGUGGAGAAAGGCUUUGAGACCAUGGCCCAGGACAGCAUCCAGCCCUACCUGUGGCACUGACACGUAGAGACUCAGCCAUACCUGGGCCUGGCGCUGGACACAUGGCUAGGGCCAAAAGUGAUUUCCUUCGCACUGGGCCCCAGUCCAAGAACUCCAAUUAAUCAUCGUUCCUGUGCUCAAA